AUGUCACUCCCGCUCAAAGCCCGCGUCGCCGUGCGCGACAGCUUCGACGCCCCCGGCUGCGCCGCCCGCAAGGCCAUCACCGCGCUCGGCGAUGGCCUCGGCCGCACCGUGCAGUGCGAGCCCGAGUGGCCGCUCCUCGUCGAGGCCCUGCAACCUGCGUACGGUCCCGCGCCCGUUGUCGAGACCGUCGCCGGGCUCGUCGAGGCGUGGUGCCGCGCCGUGCUGGAGCUGCUCGAGGGGGGCGACGAGGGCGAGGCGUGGGGCGAGACGCUGCUCGAGGAGAUGGAGGGGGUUUCGCUCAGGUUGCUCCUCGAUGUCUCUGAGGGCGAGCUGCCGUCCACGUCGUGGAACAACAUCAGGAAGGCCUUUGUCCUGCAUAUCCCGAAAACUGGUCCGGUUCACGACCCGCUCGCGCUUGUCCCUCAUCUGCGCCUCAAAGCCGAGGGCGCUUUCAAGGCGCAGGGCGGCGCCGCGGCGGCAGAGGAAUGGACCAGCGUCGCAGUAUCCGAUGGCAAGGCCACCACGGUGGCGGCUUCCGCGGCGGAGCCAACGACACUCGUCGUGGCCGGCAAGAGCAGCUACAUGCCGAGCGUGACGUCCCUCCCGCCGCCAGAUAAGCUCCUCCUGCGCCCGCCAUACCACAUGAUUGUGUAUGGCGGACACGAGGUGCGCGUACAGUGCAGCCACGGGCCGUCGCUCGAGUUCCUGGCGUCGUAUCUCAAGAAGUGGUGUCGCGCAAACACGCGCCGCUCCGACAAGCUGCCGCUCGUUGCUGCGACUCUCGGCCCCAGCGCAUUUGGCAUAUCACCGAUGCACGACACGCUUACGUUGGCGUGGGCGGACCGGCACGCAGGUGACGGCUCGUCCAUUUGCCUGCCGCUGCUGUUCCAUCUCAUCGAGGGGGCGCUGGGUUAUGAGCGGGUGUACGUCGAUGCGUCGUGUUGGCAGUACCGGCGUGACGAGGCGUUUCGGCAGUAG